AUGCGUUCCCUUUUGAGCUUUGCCACUGCGGCUGCCCUUCUUGCUGAUGGUGUUGUUUCGCAACAAGCACCUACCGUAACGGUCAAGAACGGUACUCUCGAGGGUCGUUAUGAGCCUGGAUACAAGCAGGAUCUGUUCCUCGGUAUCCCUUUCGCUCAACCUCCCGUUGGACAACUUCGAUUCCAGAACCCUCAGAGCUACAAUGAGACAUUCGAUAAGCUUGAGGUUAAGAAGUAUGGUGACUCUUGUGUCGGUUAUGGUAACUCUCCCGAUCAAGGUGCUGCUACUUUCAGCGAGGACUGUCUCACUCUAAACGUCGUUCGUCCUUCGGGCGUCAGUGCAAAUGAGACACUUCCCGUUGGUGUCUUCAUCCACGGUGGAGGCUGGACCAUGGACUUUGCUGCCAAUGGCGCUUACAACAUGACUUUCAUGGUCGAGGAGGCUGUCAAGGCCGGAAAGCCCUUUGUCGCUGUUUCUGUCGCCUACCGUCUUGCUUUCUGGGGUUUCAUGGCCAGCAAAGACGUCAUGGACGCCGGCGUCGCCAACCUCGGUCUAAAGGACCAGCGCCUCGCCCUCAACUGGGUCAAGGAAAACAUCGGCGCUUUCGGCGGUGACGCCUCCAAGGUCACUAUCUUCGGCGAGAGUGCUGGCGGUGGUAACGUCGGUUACCAAGCGACCGCCUACGGAGGUCGUGACGACAAGCUGUUCCGCGGUAUCAUCGCCCAGUCUGGCGCUGACGGUACUGACAUGAAGAACCUGACCCAGCCCGAGAAGCGCUACAAUAUCAUUGCCGAAGCAGCUGGCUGCGGUGAUGCCUCUGACAAGCUCGCUUGUUUGCGUGAGGUUUCGUUCGAGAAGCUGAAUGCUACUAGCACCAAGGUUCCCGGCAACUUCUAUCCCGUUGUCGACAACGAUUUCAUCCCCGAUUAUCCUUCCACCCUUCUCGAGAACGGCAAGUUCGUCAAGGUUCCUCUCAUCACUGGUACCAACGCCGACGAGGGUAGUUUCUUCGCCGGUCCUGGUGCUUCGACUGAUGAGGAAGUCGCUGCUUCUAUCAUGUCCAACGGUCCUGAUGCCAACACCACUGAGACCUUGAUGGCUCUGUACCCUAACAUUGACGCUCUUGGUCUUCCUUCUGGAUAUCGUCGUAAGGCGAGUGACUCUGUCAAGGCUCAGUUCAAGCGUAUGGUUGCUUUGCAGGGUGAUCAGCUGUUUACUAGCUGGCGACGAAGACGCUCUGAUGCUUGGUCCAAGUAUGAUGUGCCUGCUUACACUUAUCUCUUUGAGUCUCCCAACAUCAACAUGCCUCCUCAAAUCGGAACUCCUCACUUCGUCGAGAUCGCCUAUGUCUUUUACAACAAGCUUGGUCAAGGUUACGGAAAGAACAUGGGUCCUUUCUACAACGCUCCUCAGAAUGUUCUUGACCUUGCUCAGCUCGUUACACGCAUGUGGAUCAGCUUCAUCACCGAGGGCAACCCCAACGAACACGGCCUCGAGAACGUUCCUGAGUGGCCUGUCUUCAACAAUGGAGGUGGUUACGGACACAACUUCUACUUCAACCCCAACGGAUCCAGCGUUGAGCCUGAUACCUACCGAUUGGCUGGUACUACUUUCAUGAACUCUGUUACUCGGGAGCAGUAUGGCAGGUAA